GUAUUUUUAAUGCCCUCAUCGUAAUGCAGUAAGAGGAAGGAAGAGUUGGCUCCCAGCCAGCAGAGCCGCCUGAGCUCUGUCUUCCUGGCACAGAGCUCCUCUCUCACUCCAGCUCACACUGCUCACUCUGCAAGCACAGCUUGCUACAAUCUGCUGGACUCCAGACUUUACCUGCAAAGAAAGAAGUCAGGGCCCCCACAAAUACACAACAUUCAACUGGAACAAACAACAACAACAAAAAGAGAGAAAUGAGACAAAAAGGUGUAAAUGGAGAAAUUCUAAUUAAUGCCUGCGAGUAUUUCCCCUACAAUUUGGAAUCGGUGAAGUGUGUCAAACCGAUUUGAAACAAGAAAGACAGAAAAUUGCCAAUCGGUCGUGCAUCCCCCUGGAGAAGAAAGAGGUGUUAAGGCUACAAAGUGCAAGAAAACCUCCCCAGAACUAAUCUAUGCCUUAUUAGCUGACAGGUUCCUGUUCUCUGAGUCCCUGCUGAUUGCACAGUGGGACUUCUUUCUACUAGCCAGUGUGAAAUAACUCUCCAGCUACAUCAUUGCAAACUGCAAGGACAGAAUGCCAGUACUGAAUAGGUGUUUUAGUACAGCAGAGAUGGGAAGGAGCUGGAGGACAGGUGAAGUACUUUUGCCACCUUGCUUGGGUACUUUCCCAGGCUACCAUUCUGGAAACCUGACCUGUGACUUGCCUGAAAUAAUUAAGAUGGUCAAACUCCUUUGGAAGUCAAAAAAUGGACUGCAGAGUGUGAAGCAGAGAGGGCUUCUGGCUAAUGAAGAUAUUCUAGGUGGGAUUCCAGGAGAUGCGCGUGUGAGAGGUCCAACAGGGGUUCUCUCUGAGCGCCGCGGCUCAUACCCUUUUAUUGAUUACCGUCUACUGAACAAUUCAACUCACUCAGGAGAAAUUGGAACAAAGAAAAAGGUAAAGCGGCUGCUAAGUUUUCAAAGAUACUUUCAUGCAUCAAGGCUCCUACGUGGCAUUGUACCACAAGCUUCCCUGCACUUAUUGGAUGAAGACUAUCUUGGCCAGGCACGGCAUAUGCUAUCGAAAGUGGGAAUGUGGAAUUUUGACAUUUUCCUGUUUGAUCGCCUGACAAAUGGUAACAGCUUAGUAACAUUGCUGUGUCAUCUUUUCAAUGUACACGGGCUUAUUCAUCACUUCCAGCUUGAUAUGGUGAAAUUGCACCGAUUUUUAGUCAUGGUUCAAGAGGACUAUCACAGCCAAAAUCCAUAUCAUAAUGCUGUCCAUGCUGCGGAUGUCACCCAAGCAAUGCACUGCUAUUUGAAGGAGCCAAAGCUUGCUGGAUUUCUCACACCUCUGGACAUAAUGCUUGGAUUGUUGGCAGCAGCAGCACACGACGUGGACCAUCCAGGUGUCAAUCAGCCAUUUCUGAUAAAAACCAAGCACCAUCUUGCCAGCCUGUACCAGAACACAUCUGUUUUAGAAAACCACCACUGGCGGUCCACUGUGGGCAUGCUGAGAGAAUCAAGGUUGCUGGCACAUCUGCCAAAGGAAAUUAUGCAGGACAUUGAGCAGCAGCUGGGUUCCUUAAUUUUGUCCACUGAUAUCAAUCGUCAAAACGAAUUUCUUGGCCGUUUGAAAGAUCACCUCAACAACAAGGAUCUCAGUUUGGAGGAUACAGAGCACAGGCACUUUAUGCUGCAGAUUGCCCUGAAGUGUGCCGACAUCUGCAACCCCUGCCGUGUCUGGGAACUGAGCAAGCAGUGGAGUGAAAGAGUCUGCGAGGAAUUUUACAGACAAGGAGACCUUGAACGGAAGUUUGGAUUGGAAAUAAGCCCACUUUGCAAUCAACAGAAGGAUUCCAUCCCUAGUAUACAAGUUGGCUUCAUCACUUAUAUAGCUGAACCCCUCUUUUUGGAGUGGGUCCGGUUUACUGGAGACACACCUCUGUCUGUAAAUAUGCUAAACCAUCUCAGGAAGAACAAGUCAAAAUGGAGAGCACUACUGCACAAGCAACGCAGCAAGAGCAAUGAUCGGUUGGGACAAGUAACUGAGGGCAAGGAAGACCAAAAGUUCAGUGAAAGUGGAGCCCCCUAGUGACAGUUUCAGACUCUUUCCUGCAGCAUUGCAAGGCUUCUUUUUGCUGGCAACAAUGAAGUGCGACAAAAGUAAAGCUCAGGUGGGCUGCUGUUGAUUUUCACAACAGCUGAGAAUAAACCAGGGACGAGGAAGUAAAGGAGACAGUGGAGCAUAUUAAUCUGAGUAACGGUGGUCAUACACCCACCGAUAUUCUGGUAUCCUAUUGUCUCAGCAUCUCCAGCAUUUUUGUCUUAGCUCACUGAAAGUUAAACCAGCACCUCUGAUUACAAGUGAGCUAUGGUCCAUCUUAAUAAGUAAUGGACAGAAGGACAUGGAUUUCUCUGUGCCAUCUAGCAUCUUUUCUUGAGGAAGAGAAUUAGUGGCUGCCAUAUUUAUAGACUACAGGAGCCAUGUUCAGCACAUCCAAUCCUCUGGAGUCUUACUCCAUCAUAUCUGUAAAAGUAUGUACACAUCAUGAGGAACAAUAUAGAAAAACACCAGCAUCUACUGGACUUCGAGAUCAACUAGACUUUAUUUCCUAAAGAAGUUAGAUAAUAGAACUCUCUCUCUAUUUUUUAAUUUUUAUAUUCUUCAGAGCAGAUUAAACAUGUAAAAUGCAAGCACUUCACAAACUGCCCUACAAAUAUACAGAGGUUUGUUUUUUUGUUUCAAUGCUUUAACACCACUUCAGACACUAUACUGUUUUAGCCAUGCAAGGAGUAGUGUGUCCCAUCCAUUGUAAUGUGUGUAAUGGCCCCAUAGUCAGUGGGCUGAGUGUGAUCUGCCAUUCUAACACGUGACAGUUUUUUCACUUGAAUGGCAGUGGCUUUAGAAAUUAUAAUGCAACAUGUGUAUAUUUUUUGUAUAUACCGAUCUACUGAUCCUCCUGCCAAAAUACUGAAGCAAAUUGGGACUGCUACUUGUAUAAAUGAUGGCACUGUGAACAGAUUACUGUUACUUUUAACACAAAGAGAAAAUAUAUAGCAUUUGUAAAUAUGGUACAUAGGUUAUUUCUUAAUAGUGCUCUCAUUUUCAGAUAAAGGCCUUAAAUUUUACCUUGUCACAUUUCAGUUGUCGUACUCAAGCAUAAUUCACUAAUGCCUUGUUGUUCAUAACAGCGGUCACAAAAAAAGGUAUAGGGUGUGUAUGUCAAAUACUCAAAUACUGUACUUCACAAGCAUUCCACGGGGUCUAGAAUAGUGGUUCUUACCCUGGGUCUGGAUCCAGAUUUGGGUCUCCAUGCUAUUUCAGUGGGUCACCCUAUGGUUGGGACAGGCAUAUCAUAUUCAUCUAAAAUAUUCAUAUAAAUAUAUAUAU